CAACGCAGCGAGACUGCGACACGUGAGGUUGUAGGAGCGAGUUUGCGCGCGUUACGCUCUUUGCGCGGCAACGUGGUACGCACGCUUUCAUCAUAUACCGGUCGUCAACGUGAUCCAUCAUUAACGCUGUGCUCUUACUCAUUUUCUGUUUGCAUUUAAACACACUCAUUUGGGGGAAAAAAAAAAAUAUCUAUUUUAACUUACCACUAAAUUCAUUCCAUUCAUUGCAUUCGAUUAAAUUCAUUUAAGCUCGCGAAAUUGAAACUUAUUAAGACACAACAAAGUUCAUCCCUGACAAACUGGACCAAGUGAUUGCUGAAUAGAGUGACAAUUAUCACAGUGAAAAAUUGUGUGGAUAUAAAAUAUCGUGGAUUAAAUCAGUUUUUUUUUGUGAACUCAUAUUUAUUGUUGACACUCUGGUGAAUAUUUCAGACAUAAUUAUUUAUUCUUCUUAAUUAAUCUUAAUGAAGAGAUAACGUACAAUAUGCAAUAUGGUAAAAAUAAUUCAUAAAACAUUCCAUUUAUAAAAUCAUAAGUGACAGCUGAUAACUGACGUCAAAAAAAAAAAAAUACAUAUAUUAAACAUAAUUGUUUUUACUAUAAACAGUAAGCAGUGUGGGAAAACUUACAGUCGUGACCAAGUGACUUUAAAAAAGCAAAAGUAAUGAAAAGUUGUAUUAUUAAUUUAGUGAAUAAAAAUAUUACAAAAUAAAUAAAUAUUUAAUUCUCGAUUUCUAUCGAGAUUAUUGUUAAAACGACGAUUGAAAAAAAUCUUGUCAAAACGGAGCGAGGAUUUUCAUUUUGGAAUGAUGACGUAACGAGUGAAACACGAGAGAAGUUGUUUACAUUAAACACAUAUCGUGGGACACAAGAAGAGGCUUUUUACCAAAGGGAAAAGUCAUUAAACAUAGGGACGACACCGAUCGAUCUGCAGGUCAAGGACGCUAAGAAACAGGAGACUUGUAAGACAGAUCACGAGUCUUCGGGAUGCUCGGCUGACAUGGCAGAAGGCUCGGCUGAGGAGGAACAAAGCAGUACCGCUGCUCCAGCAUCACCACCUGCAGACUUACGUACGCUAAAUACACACCUAUCGUCCUCCCCUUAUCAUCAGCGACGUCUUCAACCUCAGCAGCUUCAUCAUCGACAAUAUCCUAAUAUGUUAGCCACUGCAGUACCACCGAGACAUAGCCAUAACAUGCUGUCUCACGUCAAAACUGAAACGACGGAGAUUGAACCUCCUUGUGAUGUCCCGCUGAAUCUCAAGAGUGAGGAGAGUGAUAGGAGUAGUACCGGUAGUCCCGAGCCUGCUUCAGGUGUUCUUCAUGAGCAUCAAAUGCUGAUGGAAGGGUUGAAGAACUCGAGAAAAAACCGACGGAGUGCGUCCCCGGAAAAUAUGAGUCAUUCUAAUUUUCCGAGAUCAUCUGAUGCUCAUCUCAAUGGAACUAUGGCAGGAAUGGUGACUCUUCAAAAUUUACAAAAUUUAGCAAAUUUCCAGAAUUUACCCCAAGUGGCAUCUUUAGCUGCUGGUCUUCAGGGAAUGUCUGCUGGUUUGUCCAACAACCAGUUGAUAAAUACUCCCUUGAAUCUUACAGUCAGUGCUUCGGCUGGAACUGUGUCAACUCCUUCAAGUACGACGGCAUCACCACAUCAUCUGCCAUCGAGUUCAGCCCCAAUGGCGUCACUGCCACAACUUUUAUCUCAACACCAACCUGUAGCGAUGCCUCAGUUUAUUUUAACAUCAGGUCAAUUGGUCCAAGGAAUUCAAGGUGCUCAGUUAUUCAUUCCAACGUCCCAAGGACUCGUCACGCAAACAAUACUCACGAUUCCUGUCAACCAUGUGACGAACAAUCAAAUGGUCAAUUUAGCACUCAGCAACGGCCAAGUCGUUUCGACAACUCUAGCUAAUCUCCAAUCUAUUGCCCAACCUCAAAAUCUCAUGAAUGCCUCGUCAACUAAUGUUCCAACGAGUCAAAAUAUUGCACCAGGAUUAGGAUUGAAUCCAGCAACGUUGCCUCACUUGUUGGGCAAUAAUUCAGCGAGUCAGCAGCUACUCAAUGCAAUGCAACCACAACAACUACUCCAAGCAGCUCAAGCGGCCCAGGCGCAAGUAGCUCAAGCUGCUCAGGCGUCACAACAACCUCUUUUGGCUACAUCACCUCAACAUCAACAUAGCCAUCGACAUCCUUCACACCUCAAUCAUUACCAGACGUCUGAUAAACAUCACAGAGACCGACCAGAACAAUCAUCUCCCUUAAAUGGACCUGCAGUUUCCGCAGCUUCAGCUCUUAAUAGAUUGGCAGCUACUAAUGGAGAAAUUACUAUUACUACCACACAUGGCCCAGGGAAUCCUGCAAUUAAAGCAUCACCAAGUAGUAUACAUAGUCCUAAGGAUGAAGAAGAUGACCUACUUAGUGAUUCACCAAAUCAACCGACAAUCAAUGAAGCCACGAAUAACGUUGUGGACGGAAUUAAUUUGGACGAGAUCAAGGAGUUUGCUAAGGCAUUCAAACUUCGACGAUUGUCCCUAGGACUGACACAAACUCAAGUUGGACAAGCUCUUAGUAUCACCGAGGGUCCUGCAUACAGUCAAAGUGCAAUAUGCAGUGCCCUGGCUACCCAGAUGUACGCUGCCUCGCAGAUUGCCUCUCAGCAGCAAGCUAUGUUUGAAAAACUGGACAUUACGCCCAAGAGUGCACAGAAAAUAAAACCAGUUCUAGCAAGGUGGAUGAAGGAAGCUGAAGAGAGUGUGUAUGAUUAUAGGUACAAAAGUGGUGCCAAUAAUCUCACGGAAUUUAUUGGGGUGGAGCCGAGCAAAAAGAGAAAACGAAGGACGUCUUUCACUCCUCAGGCUUUAGAACUACUUAAUGCACAUUUUGAUAAAAAUACACAUCCUACUGGUAAUGAAAUCACAACAUUAGCACAACAGCUGGGCUACGAGAGAGAAGUGAUAAGAAUUUGGUUUUGCAAUAAAAGACAAGCGUUAAAAAAUACUGUAAGAAUGAUGUCAAAGUGAAUAGAAUAAAGACUGGAAAAAUAAUGCGGCGUGAUAUCGAAAUAGUAUUGCGUGGAUGAUGAAAAGGAAUUUUUUUUUGAAUGAAAAAUGAAAUAAGCCACUUUAUAAUAAAAUAAAUAAAUGAAUAAAUUGUAAGUAGGUAUUACUCAUCGCGCAGGUAAUUGAGGCUGUGGCAUAAAUGUCAAGAGCAAUCAUAUGGACAAGAGAAACUCAUAUAAGAGUUACUGUGAUUGCUAAUCACGCGUAAGUUAAAACUUUUUUAUGUUUAAAAGUUCGCCUAUGCUAAACAUGUGACAUCACAAAGAUGGUAAUAACUCGACGACAAUUGUGAUUAUAAACGUAUACGCCUGUAUUAUGUGUAAAUAAUAAUAAUAACAAUAAUGAUAAUAUUAAUAAUAACAAUGAUAACUAAUAACUGUCUUUAUGACUUGUGAUUCGUAUAAGUAGAUAUAUAGAAACAAUUAAAUGAUCGAGAGGCACUGAAGCGAGUAUUAAUUAUCAACUUGUUGCUUCUUGACUGGUGACACCAAAUGACGGAUGUGAGUACUUUUUGAAAAGCUCACAAGCAUUUACCUACACAUGAGAAAUAAUUCAUUAAAUAUGCUAUAUAUAUUUACAUCCGAUUAUUUGGUAUCUCAAUAAACUCCACGUCCAGGCUCAAAGACUCUCUAGAUUAUUACGCCAACAUAAUAAUUAAAAUAUAAAUAUUUAAGUAUUGACUAAACUAAAUAGUAAGUACGGAAAUGCAAUAACUUUUGUGAAAGUAUAUUACUAUUACCAAAUUUUCCUUUUCAUGCACUAUUAAUCAUCUAUUAAAUCUCUACCAACGCCACAAAUAAACAUGAACGAUUGAAAUAAAGUUUUUGCGAAGCUAGUCCGAAAUAAUCUGCCAUAUUUCAGAAAUAUUCAAUGUCAUUUUAUUACAUCUUCCUUUUCAAUCAUUUCAUUUAUCGCCCAACAAAUUGUUACAUUUUUAUUACUUACAUUUAUUUAUCUUCUUCUUUUGUAAUUCUUUAACAAAAAUAUAUAUGUAUAUUCAUUGUUAAAAAUAUCUUCAAUCGUUUCCGGUGUAUUUCCACACAGUGUGAAAUAAAGAAUAAUAAAAAUUUUAUAAGAAUGAUAUAAGUGAAGUCUGUAGUCUGUACAAUUCUGUUAUAAUUUAAUAAAACAUGGCGAAAAAAAAAAUAAAUAUAAUCCGCCACUCAAGGAAGUGGAUAUCCUCUGUACAUAAAUUUUAAAAAUAGGUAUUGUAAUAUUAAAGUAUCUUUAAUAUAUUAUAUAUAAAUAUAUUACAGCUAUUAAAUAGCUAGACUCAUGCAAAGAAGAUUUACAUGGUUAAAAAUUAAUAACAACAAAAUUGCACUUAAUUAUUAUAUAGAGUUCAGAUAAAAAAAAAACCAAUGGGAAUAUCGAAAUUAUGAAUUAAAUCAAUGCAAAUGUAUUAUAAAAAUAAGAUUAAAUGAAAAAGAAAGUCAAAAUAGUCCAAAUUCUUAUUUACAAUCUUAAUUAAAUUGUCAUGAUGGUAACGUUUUCUUUCUAAUAGAGAAAAAGAACAUACUGAUGUUUGUACAGAGAUAUUCUGAUUAUUGAAUUUUAUUAUUUGACUCGCAAUAACUGAAAAAUUAAAAACAAAAAACAUACGAAUGGCCACAAAAAAUUUAUAGAAAUCAUGUGUAUUUUCUUCGUGAAAUUAAUAUCUCGUAGCUCAUUAUAAGAAUAUUGAUAUGAGUAUUAAAAAAAUUCAAGCGUAUUCAUGAGUGUCAUAUUUCUAAGGAAGACGUAAAAAUCUAUGGGCUAAUGUUUCGUAACAGUUUUCAGCAAAAUUAUCAUACACAUUGUAAAUAAAUAUAUUUAAAUAAUAGACUGUUACAAUCGAAAAA